GAGCUCCGCCGGCCCCUCUGUCGCUUUAAGUCCUGCCCCUCAGAGCCAGCCAACAGCAGCUGUUCCAUAUUCAUCAAGCCCUUGAGUCUUAAAGAGCCCUAUCCCAAGCAUGGAAAGAGUCAUUCCUCUCGCUCGCACUCUCAUGCUCUCUCCAUCUCUGCGUUCAUCCCGCCGCUGCCUGCGCUCCUCCGUCUCUCACCUCCCCUUUUUACCUCUCUGUCUAUCUGUCCCUCCUCCUCUCCCCCCUCCUUUCAACCUCUCUCUCUCUCUCACUCUCAAAUUCUCUUACAUACACCCGGACACACACUCAUUCUCUCUCUCUCACACACUUAUAUCUACAUAAACACACACACACGCCACACACAUGCUCAUGCACACACACUCUCAGUUCAUCAGAGCCCGACAUACCUGUGCAGGCUGUUCGGGGAGGGGGGGGGAGCGCGGUGCCGGAGGGGCUUUUUGCGGCAGGGUUGUCUCUGAGGGUGCUGUGCCAUCAUUUGGGGAAGAAGCGGGUCUCAGUUGUUUUCUCUUUCCUCUUCCUCUCAUUCCUGGAAUGCUAAAACUGGACUGAUGGACAUUUCCGAACUUUGUCUUCCAGACCCUCUCAGCUAUCAUAACCAGGCUUUGUUGUCCAAAUCAUUAGAGAGAUUCCUGAGUCCAAUGGCCACGCUGGAGACCUCUCAUUUCUGGCUGCUGAAUAGAAUGGCCGCUGAUGAACGGCAUCUACCGUCCAGCUGCGGGUCCUACAUCAAGACAGAGCCAUCCAGCCCCUCCUCGGUCAUCGACACGGUCAGCCACCACAGCCCCAGUGGAAACUCAGACGCCAGCGGCGGCUAUGUCAGCACCAUGAACAGCCACUCUAACGGCCUGGACUCUCCACCCAUGUUCACCCCCGGCGGGCUUGGCGCCGGCUCCUGCCGCAAGCGCUACGACGACUGCUCCAGCACCAUCAUGGAGGACUCGUCCAUAAAGUGCGAAUACAUGUUGAACUCCCUCCCCAAGAGGCUGUGCCUGGUCUGUGGAGAUAUAGCCUCGGGGUAUCACUAUGGGGUAGCUUCUUGUGAGGCCUGCAAAGCCUUUUUUAAAAGGACAAUACAAGGUAACAUAGAGUACAGCUGUCCCGCCACAAACGAAUGUGAGAUCACAAAACGGAGACGCAAAUCAUGUCAGGCUUGUCGCUUCAUGAAAUGCCUCAAAGUGGGGAUGCUCAAAGAAGGUAAGAAGAGGGUUCGUCUGGACCGUGUGAGAGGAGGCAGACAGAAGUACAAGCGGAGGCUGGACACAGAAAACAACCCGUACCUGGGCUUGACGCUCCCCCCUCCUACCAAAAAGCCUCUCACAAAGAUAGUGUCUCACCUGUUGGUGGCUGAGCCAGAGAAGAUCUAUGCCAUGCCUGACCCGACCAUGCCAGAGAGUGACAUCAAGGCUCUCACCACGCUGUGUGACCUGGCUGACCGCGAGCUGGUGGUCAUCAUCGGCUGGGCCAAACACAUCCCAGGCUUCUCCACCCUCUCUCUGGGAGACCAGAUGAGCCUGCUGCAGAGCGCCUGGAUGGAAAUCCUCAUCCUCAGCAUCGUGUUCCGCUCGUUGCCGUACGAGGACGAGCUGGUGUACGCCGAGGACUACAUCAUGGACGAGGAGCACUCGCGGCUGACGGGCCUGCUCGACCUCUACGUCUCCAUCCUGCAGCUGGUGCGCAAGUACAAGAAGCUCAAGGUGGAGAAGGAGGAGUUUGUGACCCUCAAAGCCAUCGCUCUCGCCAACUCAGACUCCAUGCACAUAGAGGACAUGGAGGCGGUCCAGAAGCUGCAGGACGCUCUUCAUGAGGCCCUUCAGGACUACGAGAGCAGCCAGCAUCAGGAGGACCCGCGACGGGCUGGCAAACUGCUCAUGACGCUGCCCCUGCUGCGGCAGACUGCAACUAAGGCUGUGCAGCACUUUUACAGCAUCAAGGUGCAGGGCAAGGUGCCCAUGCACAAACUGUUCCUGGAGAUGCUGGAGGCCAAGGUCUGAUUGGAGGCGGAGGGCUGCAGCAAAAAGACAGAGAGUGACUUGACUCGUGGCUCGGGGUUUUCAGGAGACGGAGCUGUGUAGUUUGCAAAGCAGAGACUGAGUUCUCCUCCUCAUUGUGGAUCCCUGGGACAUUAAAUAAUAAGGAAACAAAAAAAAAACACAAGUGGAAAACUUGGUUAUUAGUAUAAAUAUAAAAUGACGCAGAUUAAUUUAAAAUAUAUGAUAAAUACUAUGUACAGUAAUAAUUUUCUUUUGUAAUUAUCAGUGGUCAUGCUGUAUAUGAAGGACCUUUCUGCCCCUUUGCAUCUUCAGAACAAGUAGGUUCCCAAAAAAAAAAAAAAAAAAAAAUGUUGUUCUGAAGAAGGCAAAGGCGUCAACAACCAUAAGCAGACUCGUGUGUUGUUGUUUCCUUUUUUUUCUUCUCCUGGACGUAACCAGGACAUGUAAAUAAUUACUACUUGGAAAGCUGAGUGUACAGUUUGAAAUCUGACAAAUUCGGUAACCAUUUUCUCUUGAUCUCAUCCUGCAAAAAAAAAAGAAAAAAAAAACCUGUAAAAAAAAAAAAAAA